AUGAUUUCACGUGGACUUCUAGGUGACAUGACGCUCCAGUGGUCCAUUAUCGCCUUUGUACUGUACGUAGAGAUUGCGAUUACUUUCAUACUUCUUCUGCCAUGGAUUCGACCAACGCUAUGGAGCAAGCUAUUCAAAAGCCGGCUUUCAACAGCAUUAAGCCGUCAUGCGUCUGUAUAUUUUUACACCGGAGCAUUCGUACUCUUCAUCCUUUUCGCAGAUGCUGUCCGUGAAGUCAAUAAAUAUUCGCAUGUCGAAGUUGCGAUGGAUUCCUCACUACGCCAUGCGGCUGAUGCUGAUGCAGUUAUACAUAUGCGACUUUUCAGAGCCCAGCGCAACUUCUACAUCUCUGGAUGUGCCCUACUGCUUUUCCUGUAA